AUGCUGUCGGAGAGCGGCUUUCACAUUGUAGCCUGCAACACCUCCCUGACAGCGUCCCCACUUGGCCAUUACGUGGAUGACAAAGUCUGGUCCAAUUACGCGCAGUACAUCUUCUACCGUGGGCCCUCUAAAUGGUCAUCGUCUCACUGCGACUGCUGCUGCAAGAGCCACAAGAGCGAGCACGAGGGCGAGAGCGGCACCUCCCUCAACGACCUGUCCACCUCCUGCUCCGAGUCCCAGUCUGAGGCUGGCUCUCCCCACGGGACCGUGAUCAGAGCCCCCGUGUCCCGCCCCUGCAACGCCCAAACUCUGGACCGCUCCAAGGGGCCGUCCCACGCGCAGCAGCAAGCCGAGAUGAGACGCAAAACUGACGUGAUGAGAGUCAGGACAUUCGGCGCGGCCAAGGGAAGGAAAAUCAACAACAAAGAGAAGAUGACGCCGGAGCAGGAGCUGGAGAAGUGCAUCCAGGACUUCCGACGCAUUAAAAUUCCUGAUCAGUUUCCGGAGAGGAAGUACAUGUGGCAAUCAGAGCUGCUAAGAAAGUACCGGCUUUGA